GAGGGAACGUGAAGGGGUCGGGAAGUCUCAUAAUAAGGAAGCCUCGCCUUUGCUUCCCUCUCUCUCCGUCUUAUGACUGUGCUGUGCACACGGCCCUCUCUCUCUGUUGGUGCUCUUAUUACGAAAUCGCAGUGCUCACGUGCAUGGCCAUGCUGGAAGCCAGUUCCAGAUCUCUCGAGUGAACUGCGGAAACCAAGACCCGCAGUAUCGUCAGAUCCAGAUCCAGAUCCCGAGGAUCCUUGGAGAGACUGAGACAUGGUCUUUCGACACCUCGGUUCCCACUGGGUGCCCGCCACGUGCUGCGUGCUGUGCUGCUGCGUCCUCACUGCCUCCUGCCUCGACCAUACCCAUUUCCUCAAGCACAUCUUCGAUAAGUACGGGUCGGAGGGGGUCAUCACAUACGAGGGGUUCGAGCACCUGCUCCAGAACCUGGGCCUGGGUCGCGUCGUCAUCGAGGACCACGAGGUUAAGGACCAUUUCAUGGACAACGGCACGUUUUUCACCUUCCACGAUGGCAAUCAUUCUCAUACACGUGCCCUUGACCUCGAUUCCCAACCUUCUCGUCAGGAACAGAAUUCCGUCCGACUUCAGCCUCCUUCCGGAGUGGAAGAAAAGGAAAUCCGAACGAAGACCGAAGACUUGUCCGGACCGCACAUGGCCACCUCGUCCCCGGAUGACCUCGUCUCUGACGCCGACGUCAUCAUCGUUAAGAAGGAGCUUCCGGCCCCUCCGUUCCAUGGCCAGUGCAUCUUCUCCGUCUUCUUCCUCCCCUCACAUGUUACACUGCGUGCACGCGGAGCGUCUGACGAUCACAGCAUGAAAGACCUGGGUUAUGUGGGGAUCCAACCCUGUUUGAGCCCCGAGGAGAUAUACGAAUCCUACGGGCUGACGCCGGACACCGACGUGAUCUCGUACGUGAACUUCCUUCACCUCUGCCCGGCCAUCGUCUACGAGCUGGACCAAAGUGUGUGUCGAGAAGGCCGUCCCCAUCGACAUGAUUCCGGAGGGAAUGCGGACGAGGACUCGUCCGAUCUAUCCAUGGUUUGGAUGUGCUCCUUGGUGAGCGUGUUGGUGAUCAGUCUGUGCGGAGUGCUGGGAGUGCUGGUGAUCCCCAUUAUGCAUCGCGUCUUCUACCAUCACCUCCUCCAGUUCCUUGUCGCCAUGGCUGUCGGGUCUCUGACCGGCGAUGCCGUCCUUCAUCUCCUUCCUCAUGCAUUCUCCAGUGGACAUGUGCAUCCCCACGAGGACGAGGAGCACUUGGAACCCCUGCCCCUCCUCCAUAGGGAUGAGGGAGGUGAAAGGGGAGCUAGGGAUGAGAUGGAGGUGGUGUACAAGGCCUUGGCCACUUUGGGCGGUAUGGCAUUGUUCUUCCUCACUGAGAGAGCUGUUGGGAUGGUCAGCACCUGCAAGGAAGCCAAGAGCAACCAGGGAGAUGCUGCAGGGAAGAAGCAUGGUCAUGUAGGGCAUGGACACCACCACCAUCACCGUCACAACCUUCCAUGUUCGACAACAUCACCUGAGCAGUACAUUGGGGAGAAGCUGUCCCGACAGCAACGAUUCAGUGCAUACAGCCUCUGCUUCCAGGAUCUCCUUGAAUCUGAGAAUGGAGGGAAAGAUGAGAGAGAGGAGGGGAAGACAUGUUAUGAGGAGGAGGAUUCAUGCAUUCUUCCCAGUCACAUUCAGCCACAAGCAGGGAACAACAACAGCAGCCAUGUCCCCUGCUACCAGGAUCAUCACCAGAUGCAGACGUUUCUUCCUCCUGAUGACUACCAAGACCCUUCAAUGGAACACCUUCAAAGUGACAUACCAGUUGUAGAAAUAGGAGGAGCAACCAUGGAUAUGGUAACGACGUCAUACUGUGAUAAUGGGAACGGCACAAAAGACCCAUCAGGUGAGGAACCUCACCACCACCACCACCAUCACCACCACAAGAUAGGAGGCAGUCCUGGGAGCAUGAGUGCAGUGGCAUGGAUGGUGAUCCUUGGGGAUGGGCUGCACAACUUCAGUGAUGGGUUGGCAAUCGGAGCUGCAUUUGCAUCCAGUCUUGCCAUUGGCUUCUCCACUUCUAUUGCUGUCCUUUGCCAUGAGCUCCCUCAUGAAAUAGGUGAUUUUGCGGUGUUGCUGAAGACAGGGAUGACAGGGAAACAGGCGCUUUUUUACAACCUGGUCUCAUCAAUUCUUUGCUUCCUUGGCAUGAUAUUUGGAGUGUUCCUUGGAAACAUCCAUUCCUUUUCCUCUUGGAUCUUUGCCCUCACAGCCGGGAUGUUCCUCUAUGUUGCCCUUGUUGACAUGUUGCCAGAGCUGUCAACAGAUCCACACACAGAAUCCGUGUCAUCAGCACUAGGAUUACUGGCAUUGCAGCUGAGUGGGAUGAUCCUUGGUGCCAGCAUCAUGCUUGUCAUUGCUGUCAAGGAACACGAUCUCAUACACAUCUUCCACGAGUCUUCCUGAUCUGCAGCACCUUUUUGAUCUUGUCGUCCAUCCCUCUCUGAAUUACAUUAUUGUAUGUGAGAUGCUGUGCUGGCAGUCUCUCUAAUACCAUAACAUCACACCAUGUUAUAGUCCCACUGCAGACGUGCAUGUUUGUGCUGAUUCUCAUUAAUGUGGCUCUUGAUUAGUAAAAUGAAACUUUACAUUUUCUGAAAGGAACUACAUAAAAGUCUUUAUAACAUCAUAAGAGCUGUCAACUUAGUAGUUAUAGACUUUGACUGGAUUAAUUUCAGGCACCCAUAUUGUCAGUUUAUAUGUUACCGAUUCAUAAUUUCUGCAAGUCAUGUCUGCUGUACAUGUAAUUUUUACUUGAGGUUGGUAGGAAUGACAGAUGCUUAGUGGUCUACUGCCAUACCAAAAAAUAAACAAACUCUACCAAAGUUCCCUCAGUAUGGAAGAAUAAGUCUUUGUAUCCUAUUUUCCUCAUCUGAUCAUCUCAUGAUUUGAUGUGAUUGAGCUUAAUAGAGCAGAGGACCUUCUCUUCAUUUUGUGCCAUUUGCUUACUUGUCUGUGCCAAUUAGUUUGAACUAUUGUAAUUAAAUGCAUUGAAUUAAGGUAAUUUUGGGGUUUUAGCAGUGCUGGGAAUGUGCCUAGAGGAUCAAUGCUUCCAUCCUGCAGGUAGUGAUGACUUGAUUGCAUUUUUGAGAAUGCUUGCAUAUUUCUUGCUGUUCCUAGGUUUCUCCAGGAUGUCAUAGUUUAUUUUCUAGCCAAGCACAUUUUUGGAGAGGUACAAACUUGCAAGGUUGUUUCUGGAUAUUGAUCCCAAAGUUUUGCACGUGUUUAGGAUCUCAUAUGAAAGCACCAAGCUCAGUCCAAAUACCAUAGAGGACAAUGAAAACCAGAAAGACAGCAGAAGUGAUAAGGUGUUAAUACUGAAUCACAUCAGUGCAUCCUGCAGUCCUUUUCUUUGCAUGGGCAAAGCUAUUCUUUUCCCAUGCUAGUGCCUUGGAAAUAAAGACCAUCCCUGUUUU